AUGGCUAGAAGACCAGCUAGAUGUUACAGAUACUGUAAGAACAAACCAUACCCAAAGAGUAGAUACAACAGAGCUGUCCCAGACGCUAAGAUCAGAAUCUACGAUUUAGGUCGUAAGAAGGCUACUGUUGAUGAAUUCCCAUUGUGUAUUCACUUAGUUUCUAACGAAUUAGAACAAUUGUCAUCUGAAGCUUUAGAAGCCGCUCGUAUCUGUGCUAACAAAUAUGUCACCAAGAUUUCCGGUAGAGAUUCUUUCCACUUGAGAAUCAGAGUCCAUCCAUUCCACGUCUUACGUAUUAACAAGAUGUUGUCGUGUGCCGGUGCUGAUAGAUUGCAACAAGGUAUGAGAGGUGCUUGGGGUAAACCACACGGUUUAGCCGCUAGAGUUAACAUUGGUCAAAUUCUUAUGUCUGCUAGAACUAAGGACUCUAACAAGGAUGUCGUUAUUGAAGGUUUGAGAAGAGCUAGAUACAAGUUCCCAGGUCAACAAAAGAUUAUUAUCUCUAAGAAAUGGGGUUUCACUCCUCUUAACAGAGACGAAUACCUUGCUAAGAAGAACAAUGGUGAAGUUAAGGACGAUGGUGCUUACGUCAAGUUCUUAACCAAGAAGGGUAAGUUAGAACAAAACUUGAGACAAUUCCCUGACUACCAAUACCAAGUUUAA